CAAUGCUGGCCCUUUCCUUUAGUUUUAGUCCAGUCGAUAACAUUAGUUCACAGCGUGAAGCUGAUGUCAUUCAGCUCGUUCCUAAAAACACGAGCAGAUGUUUAAAACUUGUUUGGUUAAGUUUACAUGUAGUGUGUUGUAAUGUUCCAGGCUAGAUUAAUGGGAAUUGUAAUUAGAGUGAUGUCAGACUGUCCUAUAAACGAGCUUUAAAACAGCAAGGCAGUCGAUGAAGCGAAUUCCCAAAAAGCUUCUGGCAUCUGCUUUUGUGGACUCAAUCAGGUGAGUGUCUUAUUUUAUUGCUAAUUUGUGUAAUUCAUUUCUCGCGUCAGUGUUAUUAACGUAGGCCUAUUUAUUCCCAACGCGUUAUCAAGUGUCUUGUCAAAGUAUAAAUGGAAGAGCAAGUGUCUUGAUUUCAUGUUAACGUUUUUACAUUGGGCAGGCUCAAUAUUCUCACAGAAGGUUUCUGGUUUUCCCCUCUGAUAGAUGAUGCCCUUUAGAAAGAACAACGAUACGCAUGUUUAAAUAAAUAACUUUAAUAAGGGUUAUCAUGAAUAACUAAGACUUUCUCUUACAUUAUAAAACAGGCGUUUCCAAAUACUGUUAGAUUAAUUGAAUAAAUAAAUAAAAGCCUGGAUUAUUUCCCUAAAAACUGCCUGACAGUCUCAUAAAUAAAUCAGUACAUUAGUUGCAUAAAUUUUUAUUAAUUUACAUUAUAGUUUGCUUUUUAUUGGGUCUGACAAACUGCACAACAACAUUUCGGCCUCUAACCAAGGAGGAAACUGAAGUCUCCCCCGGGGACCGCCAUUGGCUAACAAGCCUUCACCUGUUGCCACGUGACGUCACAUCUACGACGUCAAGUUUGUGAGCCUGCGCAGUGUGCUUGAAAAUGUGCGUCGACCGCUUCUCGGUGACAGCUGUGACCUUUCUGCUCCUGUUUCCUGGCUUUUACUCCACCAUGGCUGUGACAACCUUACAGAGUUUUCGUGGUUGCGCCGUACGUGAAUUUACUUUUGCGGCCAAGAAGCCCGGAUGCAGGAGCCUGCGCAUAAGCACUGAAGCAUGCUGGGGCCGCUGCCACACCUGGGAGAGGCCAGUCCUGGAGCCGCCGUAUAUCCAGAGGCACCACAGUGUCUGCACCUACAGCCGUACACGCCACCUGACUGCACGUUUACCUGGCUGUGGCCCUGGCAUCUCCCCCGUCUAUCAUUACCCUCAGGCCUUACAGUGUGACUGCACCUACUGCUCCUCAAACCACACAGAGUGUGAGACUUUUUAAAGGCACACACACAAACCAUCUUUGCUUAUUAUGCAAAAAAAAAAAAAAAUGAUCAUGGUUGUUAUUGGUAUCCAUUUGAAGUCACAUUGAUUUAACAAUAAAACACAGUAAAUGUCAUGUAGUCCUUUAUUGCAAAAGAUUAGACACAUUUUGUGCAAACAUCACCUUAUAAAUAUAUAUAAUUGGUAAGAUACAUUCUUUAUGUCAUUAGGUGGCACCGACAUUAGACAAAUUAUUUUUUUAUUUGAAUUAUUAGAGAGUAUCUGAUGCUGUUUACCAUUGUUUUAUAUUGAAUUGAUGAAUGUAGAAUUUAAAUUUCUGUCUUUACGCAACAUUCAAGAACCUUUCACUCAUGCUGUGUCAUCUCAAAACUUUAGAUAAAAGAUAAAAAGAAAAGAUGAUAUUA